ACCAUAUUCUAACCCAUUUUUUCAACUUGCCAUAAAAUUCAGUAAGGAAUGUAAAGUCAAUUUUUAGUUUUUAUUUUUUAACGCGCUUCAAAAAAAGCAACACACGAUUUUAGGUUUAAACUUGGUAUAACCCUGAAAAAUUUAAGUUACACUUUGAAACAGUUAUGGAUAAAAUAGACGGCCAGGAAAGGGACAUUUGCUGUGAUUGCUCGUGCGAUAAGAUUUCUUUGUUGCAGACGAGUGCUUCAGAGGAUCAGCAGCAGAUGAUGCUGUCCCAACCGGAACUCUGGAACCAGCGUAAAUCUGAUGCCAGCAUGAAGGUCUUCACCACGGUGAUGCUCCACACUUGGCGCCAACGGCGGAAGGAGGUGCGUCAACUCCAGGAGGUGGUGCAGCGCCUUCAGACCAGUUCCAUGAAGUCCAAGAACCAGCUGCAUGUUUAUGGCACUAUGAUGCGUGUUGAGCAGAAGAGAAACAGCGAACUUCAGUUGCAACUUAAGCAAUCCGCUUUGAAUAUCGACCAAGUGCGAUCCUCCUGCGAAGUUCUCACGUCCUCGGUUCGCAAUCUUAAAAACGAGAAAAUUCAAUUGCAGACGGAUCUCGAACAAUGCAGACAGGAGUACGAUGAGCUGGAAGAGCUGUCUGACCAGAACGAGAAAUUGCUCUUCGCCGCCCGGAUGGAGCAAACCAAUCUGCAAAGGCAACUGACUGACGAGCAGCGAACCAGCCAAAACCUGCUGCGCAAAAAUGAGCAGCUCGUCAAGGAAGUGGUCCUGGCGGAGGGCAGGGAGGCUAAGUACCGCCAGGUGAGGGACUGGUACCACCGCGAACUGGCUAACAAGGAGGAAAGAAUUCGAGCCCUGAGGAAGACGAAUAUGGUAUCGCAGGCGGAGAGAUUGCGAACCGCCAGGGAGCAAACUGGAGAGCUUGAACAACUGCGUAAGAGUGCACAAGACAUGACGGAUCAAAUCACGGAACUGCGACAGGAGAUCAACCAAUCUCGCACCAGCUUCUUCAGUAUCUUCGGAGAUUCCAACAGCCGCCUUAAUUUUAGCCAACUGCAAAACAAGGUGUUUGCACCUUUCCAAGGAAGCCAAAUUUGGCUCAAUUUUCGCCGGUAUUCCUCUAACGUAAUGUACUUAUUCUGUUUGUAUCUCCUACCCGGCAUGCCAGUGACGCAUCAUCGCCACAAAUAGGUAAACGCUAGAAGACGACAUUGUCAAAAUAGCAUUAUAUGUAAACAGGAAAAAAACAACUUUAUAUGUCUUUAUUACGAAAAUAAAAAAUUCUUUAACACGGA